AUGCUUGCUGGCUUCCUCUUCCACAACAUACGGUGGGUGUCCGGUCUGUUUCUGUUGGUGGACUUCCUCAUCUACUUCGACCGCGGCGUCCUUCCGGGACUCCACCAGGAAGUUAUCAAUAGCCUACUGAAGCACGAGACCUACCACCGGAAUCCGGAACUCUUCUUCGGCGUGCUACAAUCCAUCUUCAUUGCCGGCCUCGCCCUCUCCGCACCUGUCCUCAGCCACCUGUCCAUCCGCACUGAACGAGUGCUACAAUUCGUCGCUGGUGGUCUCAUUGUUUGGGUCGUCUCCAUGUACGGCUGUUUUAUCGCCGGUCACAUGGGCGCUUUGAACUUGCUAUUUUUCUUCCGCGGUUUGUCUGGUGUGGGCGAGGCGGCCUUUGCCACGUUGUUGACGCCGGUGCUGGUGGACGCGCAGCCCCCGGCGUCGAAGGGCGUGUUCCUGGGCAUCUUCUACGCGUUGAUGCCUCUGGGUGUGAGUUGUGGGUACGUCCUGAGUUCGGCCCUCCCGCUCAUCGGACUUUCGUUUCCCUCAGCCUUCCUCUUCAUCGCUGUCCUCGCCAUGGCGCCCGUCGCAGCCGCCUUGGAGAUAAGCAAACUCCCCGCCGCUCAUGGUGCCUCACCGUGGAAGGUCAAAGCUGAUGUUUCCAAGGCAGCCCCCACUUGGCAAGUCGCUCUACCCAAGUCACCCCCUGCUUGGCCCUCGCCACGUCUCGACCAAUCCCCCAGACUAGACCGCGUCUACAAUGCACUAGGCACGCAAAGGCUCUCAGCCACCCAAGUCGCAACCAGACGGCCUAACCAAACUCAUUCUGGCCACUCCGGGCAGUCCCCCGGACAGUCCCAUUCCGGGCACUCGAUGAGUAAUGGUCCGGCAAUGAGCAGCAAUGGCUCAAUUCAAAAUGACGCGCCACCCAACGACGUAGAACAAGACAUAAGGGCCAGCGACCUCCGAUCUAACGGCUUGCGGUCUGGCGGCUUGCGCUCGAGGCAGGACAGCCCACAAGCCCGUGGAAGUACUGCGCACGAACGCAGCCGGAGUGGAGGGGCCCGGGACUUGGGACUUCUGCUGGCAGCUGAACAUCGCCGCACUAGAACCAACCCCGGCCGGGGGUCAGGCGACCCUGUGGCGAGGACCACCAGCUACGCCGAAGCGGACCUUCCUUGGGUACCCGACCUUUCUUCGGGUCAAGACCUCCCUGGGCGAGUGGCGUUACAAGAAAGUUUAGACGUGAAUUCAACGGACGCGAAUUCGACGGAAUUCGCAGCCAGCUGGCGUCCGGGAGACGAGGGUGUGCGUGCAUCCUGGAAGGAUUCUUGCGAGCGACUGGCGGAUGAGAAGACGGCCGUGGCCUUGACGGCGCGGCUGUGUGAUGAUGAGGAGGAGCUGGAUUCUGUCGUUGGUCCUGUAACGAGCGGUUCCCCCAAAUCUGCUCGGAUGAACUACUGGUUAUUUGGCUGCAUUUUGGUUGCGGGUGCGGCACAGGCAGCGGUAACUGCGACUCUCUCAGCUUUCGGGACCUCCUUCUUAACGGCACUGGAGAUCUUCUCCACAGAACUCAAGGCGGCUUCGGCCAUGGGUGGAGUGGCCGUACUGGUGGGCUCGGUGGGAACCUUAGCAGGAGGCUACGUGUGUCAGCUCGUCUUGGACUUCCAUCGGCGGACCAGUGCGGUCCAACUAAUCUGUUCCCCGGCCCUGGAGUCACCGGACGGGGGACAGACUCAGCGGUCGCCAAACCGGAGGUCGCCGAACCGGAGGUCGCCGAAUCGUACAGGGUGUGUAUCUCCCUGUGAAGUCUCUCACUGUGCUGUCCCUUCCCGGCCGGUGAGUGCUCGUGCUCAUGCUCAUGCUCAUGACCGUGCUAAUGACCGUGCUCGUGCUCGGGCCGAAUCGGCAGCAGUGGAGGAGUUGGUCCGGCAGCAGACGCCGUUUGCGUGUACGGCGAUCAUUAGUGCGUUUGGGUUCUUUGGUUGUGUGGUUAGUCUGACGUCGCCUUGGUUCCUUUACAGCGACCGCGCGGACUUGGCUAUGUUGACUUUGGCAGGUGGGUUACUGGUGGUGUGUAUGGUUCAGUCAUCGCUCAACUUGGGUGUGAUGAGCGCCUGCGCGGAGAAGGAACGUUCGUUUGGCUUAGGACUAUACACGCUUGGUAUCCACCUUAUCGGAGACGUGCCCGGCCCCAUCCUCAUCGGCUUCCUCAAAGACCGCUGGGCACCCGGCUGUGUCAACCCCACACUUACUAGGAUGAUCUGCCGCCACGAACGUAACAAUCUUAUCAAACUUAUCGCCUUCCUCCUCUCCUGGACCAAUCUCAUCUGGAUCGGCGGCCUCCUCGGCCUCGCUGCAGCCCAAAGAGACACUACACCACAAUGCGAUGCAAUCCAAGGCGGCAUCACACACGUGUGCUCUAAAACCGAUGAACGCUCACUCCACCAUGCCAGGAACAGCUGGAGCGCCGCCAGCCGUCGACUCAAGACCAGACCGUCUUCCAUCAUCAUCAACGUCAACAACUGA